AUGACAGACUGUGAAUCAAUUUCUAUCUCAAGAAAGCUACAAGAUAAAAUUGCGAUAGUCACCGGUGGUGCCAGCGGCAUCGGGGAGGCAACUGCGCGUCUAUUCGUUGAACAUGGAGCACGGGCGGUGGUUAUUGCUGAUAUCCAAGAUGAGACAGGCCAAACUGUGGCCGAAUCCAUUGGUCUAGACCAGUGCAGCUAUGUGCACUGUGACAUUAGCAACGAAGAACAAGUCCAGGCCAUGGCGGAUUGGGUCGUCCAAAAAUACGGCCAACUUGACAUCAUGUUUAGCAAUGCUGGAACAGUGAGUAGUUCCAAUCAAAGGAUCCUCAACCUUGAUUUUGCAGAAUUUGACCGAGUUAUCCAGGUCAACAUGCGAGGCAUGGCAGUAUGUGUUAAACAUGCAGCACGAAAAAUGGUGGAGCAAAAAGUUAGAGGGGCCAUUGUUUGUACAGCCAGUGUCGCCGACACUAUUGGUGGCCUGAACCACACCGACUACACCAUGUCAAAGCACGCGGUGUUGGGGUUGGUCAAGUCAGCCAGCCAACAAUUGGGGGUGCAUGGGAUUAGGGUUAACUGCGUUUCGCCAUCAAGUGUUCUUACGCCAUUGACUAGGAAAGCUGGACUGGUCAGUGCUGAAGACGUGGAAAAGCUCAUUGGCCCGCUGACUAGCUUAAAAGGAGUCGCGUUAACGGCCAGGCAUGUCGCUGAAGCUGUACUGUUUUUGGCUUCCGAGGACUCUGCUUUUGUUACGGGGCAUAAUUUGGUGGUGGACGGUGGAUUGAUCAGUCUUCCUUCUCUAAACACUUCGUGAAAUAUGAGAAUAAUACCAGUAGAAUAACAAUUACUGAGGGAAAAAA